GGCCUCACCAAACACACAAAUCUCUUCUCUGUAAAUUCUAAAUUGUUUCAAUUGACUCCAACAAUAGGCGAGUCAUGUCGAAACCAAUUACCUUUGUUACGGGCAACGCCAAGAAGCUGGAGGAAUUAAUCGCAAUCUUGGGCCCCAAUUUCCCCCGUACCAUUGUGUCCAAGAAAGUGGAUUUGCCGGAGUUGCAAGGCGAGAUUGAUGAGAUAGCUGUGAAGAAAUGCAAGGAGGCGGCGCGUCGCGUGAAUGGUCCAGUGUUGGUGGAGGACACCAGCCUGUGCUUCAACGCUCUAGAGGGCUUGCCCGGGCCGUACAUCAAGUGGUUCUUGGAGAAGUUGAAGCCAGAGGGAUUGUUCAGGCUACUUGCCGGAUGGGAAGAUAAGUCCGCCGAGGCAGUGUGCACCUUCGCUUAUUGCGAUGGUGCCGAUGCAGAGCCAAAGUUGUUUAAGGGCGUUACAGAGGGUGUGAUCGUGGAGCCGCGUGGCCCCAGGGACUUUGGAUGGGAUCCCGUGUUCCAGCCAAAGGGCUACGAGAAGACCUAUGCCGAGCUGCCCAAGUCGGAGAAAAACACAAUCUCGCACCGUUAUCGGGCCUUGGCAUUGCUGCAGAAGCACUUCGAGGCCGAAGACAACUAAAACUAAGACUUUGCUUUCGAUAAACUAAGAAUGAAUUUAUUUAAUCUUUCAAUAUUUGUUCUACAAUGUCGAGAAAAUGUUCCAACUCAA